GAACUGAAUUCUGUGGCUUCUGAACUGGCUGCACGUCAGGAAGAGAGCGAACAUUCUCAUAAGCAUUUAAUUGAACUCAGCCAAGAAUUUAAAAGAAAUGUACCUGAGGAGGUUCGCGAUAUGGUGGCUCCUGUCUUAAAAAGUUUCCAGGCAGAGGUGGUUGCUCUCAGCAAAAGGACCAAGGAAGCCGAGGCAGCGUUCCUGAGUGUUUACAAGCAAUUAAUCAAAGUACCAGAUCCUGUACCCGCCCUUGAAACAGUGAGGAACCUCGAAGGGCGGCACCAGCCACUGCAUUGCCUUGGCCCUGAGAAUCCCCCGCUGAAGGAGUUGAACGGGCCCUGGAAGAAGGAGCUGCUGUUCCCUAAAGAGCAAACAGAAGGAACCCUUCCGGCUGGACUCGCAGCUUCAGAGGCCAAGCUCGCUGGCCUCAACAGCACAGCGUUGCUGACCGACUCAUUGCUGCAGAGAAAUGAGGUUGAGAAGCAAAAGGGCCUUCAAGAAGCCCAGUUCACUUUGGCCAGUCGGCUGGGGGAAGCAGAAGAGAAGAUCAAAGUCCUCCAUUCAGCACUAAAGGCUACCCAGACGGAGCUGGUUGACCUGAGGUGUAAAUAUGAUGAAGAAGCAGCUUCCAAGACAGAUGAAGUGGCCAUGAUAAUGACAAAUCUUGAGAAGGCCAACCAGAGAGCCGAGGCUGCCCAGAGGGAGGUGGAGAGCCUGCGGGAACAGCUUGCCUCUGUAAACAGCUCCCUUCGCUUGGCUUGCUGUUCUCCCCAAGGACCUAGUGGGGAUAAAGUGAAUUACUCUUUGUGUCCGGGGCCACGGCUAGAGGCAGUGCUUGCUGCCAAGGAUCGGGAAAUCCUUCGACUUCUCAAGGAAAUUCAACAUUUGCAAAACUCCAUGCAAGAAAUGGAAGAUACUUCAGCCAAUCAAAUUGCAGACCUAGAACGGCAGUUGGCAGCCAAAAGCGAGGCCAUUGAAAAGUUGGAAGAAAAACUUCGUGCCCAAUCAGAUUACGAGGAGAUCAAGACAGAAUUGAGCAUUUUGAAAGCCAUGAAGCUGGCCUCCUCUGAUUGCAACCUGUCCCAGAGUAUCUCAAAACCCGCCGAUGCGCUGUUUCUGGGGAAGGAUUCCUUCUACCCAUCUCGGAAGUAUCUCUUGGAAAAACCAACCCUCACCACCAGUACUGAGGAGGACCCCUCGGAGGACGAGUCGGUGAAGGACUCCAUGGGCCCGGAGCAGUCCUACCCUUCUCCCCAGCAGCUCCCACACCCGCCCAGGGAAGACUCCACCUCCCCUCCCCUCCUCCAGCCCCUGUUGGGCCCCACUGUGGCUCAGGAGGUACUGGGACCUUUUCUUUUGCCUCUUCGGGGCCAGGGUGCUGGCGCCCAGCGAGCCUUAGACUCCCUUCUCCCCCCACAGAUGGCCCCCCCGGUGUACAAGAGCGAGAGCAACAGCCUGGGGAGCUUCCCCUCGGCCUUCUACGCUGCCAAGGGGCUGGUGUUACCCGGGAACCCCGGCCCGGCCAACGAUGGAAGCCCCCCGAGCGACCAGUCAGAAGGCAGCAAUUCCGGCUCUGUCGAUGAAGAGCAGUUGGAUACGGCUGAGAUUGCUUUCCAGGUGAAGGAGCAGCUGCUGAAGCACAACAUCGGUCAGCGCGUCUUCGGACAUUACGUCCUGGGCCUCUCUCAGGGCUCGGUCAGUGAGAUCCUGGCCAGGCCAAAGCCUUGGCGCAAGCUGACAGUCAAAGGGAAGGAGCCUUUCAUCAAGAUGAAGCAGUUCCUCUCUGACGAGCAGAACGUGCUAGCUCUGAGAACGAUUCAGGUGCGCCAGAGAGGAAGCAUUACACCAAGGAUUAGGACCCCGGAAACUGGUUCAGACGAUGCCAUCAAGAGUAUCUUAGAGCAGGCCAAGAAAGAAAUUGAGUCGCAGAAAGGAGGGGAGGCAAAGAGCACCAUGGCAGCCCAGACGGCCCCCAACGGCAUCAGCAGCAGCAGCAGCUCGGAAGACGCCAUCAAGAACAUCCUGGAGCAGGCCCGCCGUGAGAUGCAGGCUCAGCAGCAGGCCCUGCUUGAGAUAGAAUCCGGCGGCAGCGGCCAGCCCGUCCCCACCCGCCCUGCAGCGCCCUCCCCCCUGUCAGCCGUCAGCCAGCACAUUGUCCGUGCUUACAUCAAGCAGGAAGAAGGGGGCGGGGCGGGCCCCAACACCAGCAGCAGCGUGACCCAGGCGCCCCUGACGGUGCUGUCCCCCGCUGCCUUUGUGCAAAGCAUCAUCCGCAAGGUUAAAUCUGAGAUUGGGGACGCUGGCUCCUAUUUUGACCAGCACUGGGCGUCUGAGAGGAACCUGCUGAACCGCCCUUUCACCUCGGUGUCACCCUCCCUCUCUUCCUCGUCCAGCUACUCCAGCAUGGCCAAUGGACGAGCGUGGCCACGGGGUGAACCUGGUGACUCUGGUCCAAAUGAGGAAGACCUGCCAACCUCAGAGGAUGAACCCCAUAGGGUGCUGGAAGUAAAAUCAGAAGUGGUUGGUUCAGAAGCCCAAGGAACUGGGCGCUUGUCUUACUACCCAUCUUAUGUGCCAAGGACUCUCAAGCCCACCGUCCCCCCCUUGACACCAGAGCAGUAUGAGAUGUACAUGUACAAGGAAGUGGACACCUUGGAACUCACACGGCAAGUCAAGGAGAAGUUGGCCAAGAAUGGAAUCUGCCAACGCAUCUUUGGGGAGAAGGUGCUGGGCUUGUCGCAAGGCAGCGUGAGCGACAUGCUGUCCCGGCCCAAACCGUGGAGCAAGCUCACCCAGAAGGGGCGGGAGCCGUUUAUCCGCAUGCAGCUGUGGCUCACGGAUCAGCUGGGCCAAGGGAUCAGCCAGCAGGCUGCCCUGCCUCAGGCUAGCCCUGGAGAGUCUCAGUCUUCUCCUUCCCCUCCAGCCAGCCCUUCUGAGCAAGAGAAAAGUCCUCCAGAGCCCCUAAGUCUUGCCCUGGAAAGCAGCAAAGAAAACCAGCAGCCGGAAAGCAAACCUGGCUCCUUGCUCAGUGGCAAAAUGUGCCCAAACAACCACACCUCGGUUGGCAUUCAGGAGAUUGUGGCCAUGUCACCCGAGUUGGACACCUAUUGCAUCACUAAGAAGGUCAAGGAGGUCUUAACUGAUAACAAUCUUGGUCAGCGGCUUUUCGGAGAGAGUAUCCUUGGCCUGACGCAGGGAUCGGUUUCGGAUCUCCUUUCAAGGCCCAAGCCUUGGCAUAAACUGAGUCUUAAAGGAAGGGAACCGUUUGUCCGCAUGCAGCUCUGGCUGAAUGACCCUCACAAUGUUGACAAGCUCCGGGACAUGAAAAAAUUGGAGAAGAAAGCGUAUUUGAAACGUCGUUAUGGCCUGAUCAGUGCUGGCUCGGACAGCGAGUCUCCCAACCCUCGCUCCGAGUGCCCCAGCCCCAGCCUUCAGCUGCAAGACCUCAGUCUCCUGCAGAUCAAGAAGCCAAGGGUGGUCUUAGCUCCAGAGGAAAAGGAGACCCUGAAGAGGGCCUAUCAGCUGGAGCCUUACCCCUCCCAGCAGACGAUCGAGCUGCUCUCCUUCCAGCUGAACCUCAAAACCAACACGGUGAUUAACUGGUUCCACAAUUACAGAUCUCGGAUGCGCCGAGAGAUGCUGGUGGAAGGAGCGCAGGACGACACAGAUCCGGAGCAGAGCGUGACACCCGCUGGCAAUUUGCUCAAGGCUGCCCAGCCCCAGAGCCCUGACUCGGAAGGGGAGGACCAGAAGCCCACGUUCAGAGAUGCUGAGUGCCAAGGAGAAUGUAAAGCGCUGGUUCAGAUUAAGGAGGAGUUGCUGGAAGCAGGCGAGAAGGACGAUGGUGCAAGCAGCAGAGACUCUAGUAGUCCGGAAGGGGAGGUAGAGCCCGUAUCCAGAUCCAGUCCCAGAGAAGAGCCGGGGGAGCCCGGCUGUGCGAGCCCACACGAAGCUCCCAGCCUCACGUGGGGCAGCACCCUGCGUAGCAAGACACACCUACCUGGGGCCCAUGAUUAUUCUGGUUUUCAUAGCCCCAUGGAGACAGACAGCCAUGAGAGGUCUCACUUGGACCACAUUAGCUUUAAAUCCGCCUCUGAGUCCUCCCGCUGCAGCUUGGAAGUUUCUCUAACUUCUCCGUCCGCUGCCUCCUCGCCAGGCCUCAUGGUGUCUGUCUCACCUGUCCCAUCCUCCUCAGCCCCCAUCUCCCCCUUGCCGGCGAGCAUCACGGCCACCAAAGGGCAGAGUUCGAGUCCGGCCGCAGAUGCGGGCGCUGCGCCCCCCAGCGUGAAACUGACUACGAACAUCCAGCGGCGGAAUGAGAAAAUGGCUAACCUCAACAGUAUUAUUCAUCGGCUAGAGAGAGCCGCUAACCGCGAAGAGACUCUGGAGUGGGAGUUUUGAAAGGCCAAAUGAAAAAAAAAAUCAAAACCGAAUACCCAAAUUAUGUUGUCCGGGUUCUAAACUCCGUGGAACACGUUGAAGAAGCAGGGAGUCCUAGCAGAGUGUAUAGAAAAAAUAGAUCUAUAUAUAUAUGAACACACAUACACACAUAUUUUAUUAAUUUCAUCAAGUCCUAAGGAAGAGACAAAAAAUCAGCUCUGUUUUGUCGAACAUGAGGGAUUGCUACCUGUUGUAGCUGCUCUUUCUUAGCUCCUGAAGGUAACAUAAAACUGACGUUUGGGGGUUUUAAAUGUGAAAACAGACACACAGGAACAAACUGAGAACACUUUUAGAAGGAAAAAAAAUAUUAAAAUAAUAUUUAUAGACCUCUUUUAGAUAUUUUAAUAAAAGGAAACUUUGGAAUUUAUUAACAGCUCAAGCUGCUUUGAUAUUAAAAGAUAGCUAUAAACUGUAUCAGUUGUAUCAUUAAAUGCCCACUGAAAGUCUUGUAGUUUGCCACUGGAUGAGAUUAAAGAAAAAAAAUUAAAUUUUAAACAAUAUAACCUUGGCUCAUUGAUCAAAGCCAUCAAGAAGCACUAUGAGACUGACCAAAAUGUUACUAAACUUGAUCACCAGAGGGGUGUCUUUCCUCUCUGAAUUUGUCUGUAAGACAUCAUGACAGCCCGUCAAGAACCUUGUCUUAUAGUCCACGAAGACUCUAAAUUUGGAAUCUGUGGUGCCAUCUUGAGUCUGUUCUUUAGUUUGGGUAAUCCCCUUUAUUUUCUCUCUCUCUUUUUUUUGGCAACACAGAAAAAAAAGAAGUGUGUUGCAUGCUGUUGUGUAUGGUAUAGAAAUACGUUUGCAAGAGCCUUUCUGAACAAGGUGUACCCUGAUUCCAGAGCUGACUUUCUGACCUUUACAAAGAGGGCAUCUGAAAACACGGGCCAAGGAGGAGCCUUUUCUUUCCCACUUAAAAGAGAAAAAAGCAUCUUUUGUUUCAAAAAGAUGCCUUUGGUCAUUUGAACAGUCUGUUACAAGUCUGGUUUCUGAUGGGACAGACUUUUAACGAGAACCAGGACACCCUUUUUUAUGCAUGAAAAUGCUCCCUGUGUGCUUAGCUCAACAUUUCAGGUUCGGAGGAAAGCAGAGCUUUUGAAACGUUUGCCACGCUGAGCCCUACAAAAUAAGAAUGUAAAACGUUGGCUUGUGCCCUGUCCCUUUCCCCCACAAAAUGAUCGUCCCCAUGGUUUACAGACGGGGAGCAGAGUUGCCCUCCUUACUAAUUUUGAGAGAGGCAGCAGCAUUGUGUGCGCAAGUGUGCAAGGAGAUCUGUGCGUAUUAAGAUAACCAAUUUUUUUUUUUUUUAAACGGACGGUGGUUUACUUAGCUAUGCCCAGGAUCUUUCUCCAAGAUUCUGCAAGGGAAAGGUUCUCUAUUUGACACGAGAUUUGCCUUUCUAGAAAUGAACACUCUUUCUGAAAAAAAAUCACCACCACCAAGUUCCCAAUCUUCAUUGUCAUGGCGGGAGGGGGGAAUUAAUGUAGUCUCUGCUUGGGAUGUCUCGAGGUGGAUGUAGGGAUCUAGGCAUGGUUCUCUGGGGUAACGUUUUGGUGCUUCAAAACUGAAUCUGAAAUUUCCCAUAACUAUGAUUUCCAAAGCUUUUCUCUCUGGUUUCUCACUCCUUUGACUUUGAUGUACUUACCUAGACCUUUUUCUCUGAUGAACGGGCCUUUCUUCUGAGAUCUUUAUGCAAAUUUGCACACCUUAUUUUGUAUGUUAACUCUGCAUUUAUGCAUAGUGUACUCAAACAAUACGUUUUUGCAAACAGGUGCCAUCCUUCCUGAUUGUCACAUUUGUUUUCAUUUGUUUGAUGCAGAACCGGCCAGAGAGGCCGGGAGAAGGCAAAAAAUACACACGGGCCAGUUUGGUGCCGACUGCAAAUAUUCCUUCUUCGGGAGCUAAAUGUAGAAACCCCGGUCCACAUAGCCAUCCUAACCUUCAUUUGGAACCGUCCAUUAUUGUAUUUAUAAUAGAGAACUCAGAAUUACAGCCAACCCAAGGCAGCUGACGAAAAAGAACAUUUCUGCAUGCUCAGAAGAUUCCAGAGGUAUGCAGAAAUCUAAAACCUCUUUUUAAAAUCCAAAAGCGGGCACUUCCUGCUCCCCCAACACCUUAAUUUGGACUCAGCACACUCCUAUUGAGAUUUAAUCGGUGGGGAGUAAAAGCGACAGGAGGGGAAUGCAUUGGCCUGCUCACGUCCUAGGCAAUAACCUGGCUGCAAUUCCUGAACAGGAUAAUUCCUCUUACGGUUGUUGGCGUAAUGCACUUUGGCAUUACUGAAUCCAUUUAUAAAACUGAUACCACCAAAGUAAUUAAAAGCCAGGCUCACCUCCAAUCCUUCUCUAAAGGCCUUGCCUGGAUCCGUCCUCCUUGCCAGAGACAUCUGAAGGAUCCUGAUAGCCAGGUUUGUGUCAGGGGCUUGGUCCCUGAAUUAUUUGAGGAACUCCCCUUGACUUCAGCUCAAAACUUAGAUUAGGAGCUGAUGGGACUCUCUCAAGAUGGCCAGGGUGUCUUCCUUAGUGUCCAGACGUUGCUGUCAUAACAUGAAGGGAGGAGACCCAAAAGGUGGACCUCCCUCUGCUCCAGCUUUUAAUUGAGCUUUCCACCCAUCCAUUAAUCUAUUCCUCUCCAUGUAAUAAAACCUUUUUGAAGCCACAGGUAAAGAGAAGCCGGUCACCUCCCCCAAAGUAUGUUUUUUCCCCUCCCCAUUCCAUGAUGUGCAUUUUUAUCAGAACAGAAAGUAUUUUUAUAUAUUUCAUGUUCCCUCUUUUACACAGUUCAGUCUAUUUGUGCACCGAAAGGACCUGGAAAGGCCAUCUACCUAGCAACCUUCUGAACAAAUACAACUUCUGUCUACCCAAACAGAAUGUGGGGUUGGGUCCAUGAAUUUUUCUUCACCAUAGGCUCAAGAUCAGUGUUAGUGGAAGGGGAUUUUUUUUUUUUUACACUAAGCGCUUAGGUGUUGGUUUUCCACCCUUGAGAGGGACCUGUUGUAUUCAAAGCUGGCGAGAUGCGUCAGCCACCUUUUCUAGGCUCACGUACUGUACUUUGAAACAAUUUCUACAAGAUUGACUGAAGUUUGUUAAAUACU